CUGAGCGUCAGGACUUCCGGUUGGGAUAGAAGAGAAGAGUUGUUGGUUCAGGGUGAGGGGGCGAAGCGUCUUCCGGGGCUGGUCUGCCGGACGUCGGGGCUGGAGAGAUGUUCCGGACCGCCAUCAUGAUGGCUGCCAGCCUGGCCUUAACCUCCGCCGUGGUGGCUCACGCCUAUUACCUGAAGCACCAGUUCUACCCCACUGUGGUGUACCUUACCAAGUCCAGUCCCAGCAUGGCGGUGCUGUACAUUCAGGCUUUCGUCCUGGUGUUCCUGCUAGGCAAAUUCAUGGGGAAAGUGUUCUUCGGACAACUCCGAGCGGCAGAAAUGGAGCAUCUGCUCGAGCGGUCGUGGUACGCCGUGACAGAGACCUGCCUGGCCUUCACUGUCUUCAGGGAUGACUUCAGUCCUCGCUUUGUGGCUCUCUUCACCCUCCUCCUCUUCCUCAAGUGCUUCCACUGGCUGGCUGAGGACCGGGUGGACUUUAUGGAGAGAAGUCCCAACAUUUCUUGGCUUUUCCAUUUCCGCAUUGUCUCUCUGAUGGUGCUUCUGGCCAUCCUAGAUUUCCUGUUCGUCAGCCACGCCUACCACAGCAUCCUGACCCGGGGGGCGUCUGUCCAACUGGUCUUUGGCUUUGAGUAUGCCAUCCUCAUGACGAUGGUGCUGACCGUCUUCAUCAAGUACCUGCUGCAUUCCAUAGAUCUCCAGAGCGAGAACCCCUGGGACAACAAGGCCGUCUUCAUGCUCUAUACAGAACUCUUCACGGGUUUCAUCAAGGUCCUCCUCUACAUGGCCUUCAUGACCAUCAUGAUCAAAGUGCACACCUUCCCGCUUUUCGCCAUCCGGCCCAUGUACCUGGCGAUGAGGCAGUUCAAAAAAGCAGUCACGGAUGCCAUCAUGUCCCGCCGGGCGAUCCGCAACAUGAACACACUGUACCCUGAUGCCACUCCAGAAGAGCUGCAGGCCAUGGAUAACGUUUGCAUUAUCUGCCGGGAGGAGAUGGUGAUGGGUGCGAAACGUCUGCCGUGCAAUCACAUAUUCCACACCAGCUGCCUCCGAUCCUGGUUCCAGCGCCAGCAGACCUGUCCCACGUGCCGGAUGGAUGUCCUCCGCGCCUCCCUGCCCACGCAGUCCCAGCCGCCUCCCGAGCAGCAGGAGGGAGGGCAGCAUCCGCCCCAGCCCCAGGCCCCGCUGAUCCCCCAGCCAGCGAACUUCCCCCAAGGCCUCCUGCCUCCAUUUCCUCCCGGGAUGUUCCCACUUUGGCCUCCCAUGGCUCCCUUCCCUCCAGUGCCAGGGGUCCAGCCCCCCAACAAUACCGACGGUGCCUCCGCUGCUGCUUCCUCCCCACCAGGAGCCCAACUGGCAGGCGCCACAAGGCCCAGCGGGGAUUCCGCAUCUACGUCAGACACCGAAGCCUCCGCAGGGACCGUGCCGGGUUUCCCCUUCCCUCCCCCUUGGAUGGGCAUGCCGUUCCCCCCUCUCUUUGGGUUCCCUCCAAUGCCAGUUCCACCUUCAGGGUUUGCAGGGCUGACGGAGGAGGAGCUGCGGGCCAUGGAAGGCCACGAACGGCAACACUUGGAAGCCCGACUGCAGUGCCUCCAAAACAUUCACACCCUCCUCGAUGCGGCGAUGCUGCAAAUCAACCAGUACCUCACCGUGCUGGCGACGAUCGGGACGCCGCGAGCCGCCCCAACACCCCCCAGUGCUCCAGCCACUUCGGCGCCCUCUCCCGAGACCCCUAGCCCUGAGUCGAAUUCCACUGAACUCACCCCCACGACUUUCCAGCCUGCUGACAGCACCUCUUCGCCAGAUACGUCUCCAGCGGCAGACAAAGCAGAGGGUCCAACAGAGCCAUCCAGCCCCAGCCAGGAUGGGGAGGCCUCCUCCCCAGAAGAGCCCAACGCAGCCGAGCUGCGCAGACGCCGGCUUCAAAAACUAGAACUGCCUUCUUCCUCUCACUGAGACCCCGGUGAGCCGUGCUCCCUGCCUGGGGUUACUUGCCUAAUGGACUUCUUUCCCUUCCCUCCCCCCCAAACCAAAUGGAAACGAGAAGAACCAAGCCUCCCCCCCUCACUGCGGCAGCAGAAUGCAGAGGGGCACAAGGAAGAAGACCUGGAUGUCUUACCUCGGGAGAUGGGGGCUGCAGUUCUACAGGACUGUGGUGGGGGCGGUGGGAACAAUGGGCAGGGCGAGUUUGCCUAGGCUUCUACCAUUAAGAGGAAUUAGCAGUGUCUUCUGCAAUACAGGCCAGGCCGACCUGCCCCGUUGCACCAGAAUAGGGAUGCGGCUUGUUUCAAAUCUCUUGCGUUGGUGUCUCGACUGGAUGGAGCGUUAGCCUAGAGACAGCCGGGGUGGGGAGAGUCUCUCUCUCUCAUUUGGGAGGGAGGGAUGCACGGUCUAAAAGUGGAGGUAGUUCCUAGUUUUGAGAGCUCCCCUGUCAAUUAGGCAGAGGGUAGCUUCUCCCACACAAUGCUUUGGUCUCCUUUCCUAGGCAGGACGUGCGUGUGCGUGUGGGUGCGCACGUGUAAAGUUUUUGCUAGUCCGUCCUACGGAAAGCAACCGUGUCAUUUUGCAGGGAUAACGAGCUGAAAGAAGAGCUUCUAUUUUUGUAGGGGAAACAGCCCAGUGGACAUCUCUCGAUCACUUUUGUCCUGCCAAGCCUUAGUCCUGUUCUCUUCCCUCCGGAGAUGCUUUCCACUCUCCCCUUCCUGUGCAGCCAGCCUGGGAUGGGGCGGGUGGGAGUGGGGGCGUUUGAAUGAACGAAUUAAUGUUCUGGCAGAUCGAAGCCUCUCUUGGAGGCUUCACAGUAAACCCGUGACUUAAAUCUUUUUCUCUGCUUCUUUCUUUGGCUCUUAAAAAAGGGGGGGGGGAUUCCCAAAGACACAGGACCGAGGAAGAACUCUUACGCUGCCUCGCUGCUCUUGGGGGUCCAGGAAGGGUGGGAGUCUGGAAUAAGAUUUUCACUGCUUCUGACUGUAGCGGUGGGGUUUGUAACCCUGCGUUGUAACUCUGGAUAUCUACUCUGGCUGGCAAGGAGAGGUUUGAGGGCCAGGGGGAACCACACAAAUCUGGAGAGAGCUGAGAGUGUUCUUCCAGCAGGUUUACAUCCCGUCAGUUGGAAAGAGUUGGCUCUACUCACCGUUUCCAGUUUUGCUGUUCUGAGAGCCCUCUUCUUUCUCUGCAGCACUUCUGCGUCUCUCGGCUCCUGCGCUGUCUUGGCGUUGCGUUUUGUUUAGUUUUGGUUUCUGGACAGAAAGAGCCCCUUCCCAUUUUUGCAGGGAGGCCAAUUUUCUGAUGAGGUGCUGGAAGCAAACCUCUUUGAGAACACAGCUAUCACCAGGUGUCCAUGGGGGGGGGUGUCCCUGAGCCCUGCAGCCGCGCUUCGGCCCCCUCUUCUGAUGAGUUGCUGUCCUUUGCGUUUCAUCCAUGAAAGGUUUUUGGAAGGGUAGAAUAGAGAUCCACCUUCCAAGACAAUUUUUUUUCCUUUGAAAUCUCUGUAGGAAUUCUAGACAGGCAAAUUGAGCCUCGUGACAUAUGUAGGGGUCCCCGAGUCCCAGGAACAGGGCAGUUUCCCCCGGACUUGGCGAUUUUCACACUACAGGUGUUUGGUGAUGUGUGUCCUGUUCCCCAUUAUCAUGGGGAAACGACUUCUGAAUGAGGCUCUAACCCUUCCCAGCGAAACCCCUUCAUUCAGCAGACUUAGCAUUUCCCCCCAUUUUCCCUAAAGCCUGCUUUCCUAAAGCCUGCUUUUCCUCUGCAUCGCUUCUAAGAUACUGACUUUUUUGAAAUGCUAGACAUCCCCCCCUCCUCCCCCCCCACAACAGAUCAGCCAAACAUUUGCAUUUUGGGGCUGUGGAGUAUUUUUUUUUCCUGAAGCACUAUUGUUUUAAGAUGGGUCAAUGAUCAGUAUUGUUAUUGGCUAGAUCUGGAGGCAGAACAGGGCUGGCUGAAAGUAUUGAUGUCAAUAAAAGACUGUGCUCAAA